AUUAUGAAGAAUUAUGAUGGAAUUUGGUAAAAUAACUAAUUCUCAACUUCAACCUAACUUUUUACUAACUUCUUCUGAUAAUUUUAUCGCACUCAUUGAUUCCCAUGACACCUCUGUACAAUCUUCUAACACUGUAAACAACAUCUCUAACGCUCUUUACACUAACACCCUAAACCCUCCAAACAAUAACACCCUGGAUAAAAUUAACAAUCUUAAUAGGAUAACAAGGUAUAGGAGUAAGUUGAAGAGUACGAUAGUGUAUAUGGAAUGUCAUCCAAGGUUACCGAAUAUAGUUGCUAUAGGAUGUGCCGAUGGUUCAGUUUACUUAUUUUUUUAUGAAAUUGAGAAUUUUGAGUUAUUUGAUUAUUUUUUCGUACAUAAAUUUGAACUACCUGUUAAAAAGUUAAUUUGGUACUUGUUCCCAUUCCCACUCGAUGAGGAGCUUAAAUUCAUUAAGAAGAACUUUGUACAGAGAAUCUGGAAGUCAGUUUACUCCUCAAAAUACACAUCAAUUCUACUUGUACAACUCCAAACGCCAUCUAACUCCUCCCAUGACGUAGUUUACUACAUGAGAUUAAUGAAUAAAAUAAAUGUUUUCCCCCUUAAUUUAGUGAAAAAUGUCUUUGAUUUACUUAUAAUUCAGUUCCCACCACCUAUAGAAACUAACCAAAAUUCUGAUACCACUUCUACUCCAAGAGAGUGUUAUGACAAUUACAGUGUCAUUUGUGAUUAUUUAUGUGUAACACACCGAGGAUUGAAUAGUGUGAAGUUUGAGCUCUUUUUACUUGGAUUAGACUUGAAAUUUCAACUCAUUAAGUCAUUUAACAUCAAAGUUCAUGGGUCAAUAACUAACAUUAUUCUAACAAAUAAACAAUAUAACCAAUAUUCAUUAUAUAAUUUUGGUCUAUAUCGUUAUGACUCUAAUAAUACUACUGAUGGUACUAAUAAUGGAGAUGGCAUCGAUAGCAGUGUAAAUGGAGAUAACACUGAGAUUGCAAAUGGAGUUAAUAGUAGUAAUUCUACAAUGGUAUCUGGUAAGUGUGUAAAUACUUUACAACAAUUUCUGAUAUUGAGUACUAAUUUGGGUCAUGUAUACAUAACAUCACUUGUGGAUUUGUAUAAUAAGUUAACUCCUCCAAGGCUUGAUUCAUUGGUAUUGGAGGAAAAAGCACAGUUUGAUGAGAUAUUUAUAUGUAAUUCUAACAUUUUAGACUUAAAUUUUACAGUGGUUUACUCACCCGAUUUUUUCACUUCUGAGUUAAAACCAUUUAAAACCAACAGUAAUUGUCUUUGUAACGACGGAUGUUACUACGUUGUCAGUAUUGGACUUCAUGAUACAAUACUACUAUACGUAAUCCUAUGUGACCAUAAAAUUAACAAAUUAAGUUUAAAAUUAAUACACCUGGAAAAAGUUAAGUAUAACUCAGUUUUAUUCAUUAAUGAGCCAUUUAACUACUUUAAACUCUUAAUUAAUCAAAAGAAUUGUUUAUUACAGCUUUACUUCAAUUAUGAACAAAUACACUCACUCUUAAACUCAAAUUAAU